GCUGCGCGUUGAGAAUGCCACGUACUGGUUGACGUCGACAGUCUGGAUGACACUUCCUGGUCCUUAGCUAGGCCAGCUAACAAAUUAGAAUUUCACGGUUGGGAGAAACCUGUGAAACACAGCGUGGUUAAGUCGCCUGAUUCAGUGGGAACAGUAGAGAUCAGACGGCACCAUGAACGGCCAGCUGGACCUGAGUGGCAAGCUGAUCAUCAAAGCCCAGCUGGGCGAUGACAUUAGACGCAUCCCUAUCCAUAAUGAAGACAUUACAUAUGACGAGCUGGUGCUGAUGAUGCAGCGCGUCUUCAGAGGCAAGUUGCAGAGUAACGAUGAGGUUACCGUCAAAUACAAAGAUGAAGAUGAUGACCUCAUCACCAUUUUUGACAGCUCUGACCUGUCCUUUGCCAUCCAGUGCAGUAGAAUACUCAAAUUGACAUUAUUUGUGAAUGGCCAGCCGCGGCCUUUGGAAUCCAGUCAAGUGAAGUACCUACGCAGGGAGCUGAUUGAGCUUAGGAAUAAGGUCAACAACCUUCUUGACAGCCUGGAGCCCCCCUCAGAGCCUGGAAUGACUUCCACAGCGCCUGAAAAUGAAUUAGUGGAUGGACGCGAAGGCAGAGUUUUGACAGCAGACUCAACAGUGAAACAUGCACCUCCAGUCAGCGCAGCCAGCAUGUCGGCCUUCGACCCAUUAAAAAACCAGGAUGAGGUCAACAAGAACGUCAUUUCUGCUUUUGGUCUAAGCAAGGACCAGGCCCCAGUUGCUCCCCCUGCUGUUGCAACAGAGGAGCGCUCAGGGACUCCUGACAGCAUUGCUUCCUCUUCUUCUGCAGUGCCUCAGCCAGGAGUGCCCCCUCAGCCGCAGGCUCCCUAUGCUGGGGUACAACAGGGACCCCCUGCUGGAGUUGAUGGUCAGGUGUAUCAGCAGUAUCAAGCUCCAGGUGGUUACCCUCCUCAGCAGCCAGCACCACCGCAGCAGCAGUACAGUAUGCAGUACUCUGCUGGAUACAGUUCACAACCUGGAGCCCCUCAGCCUGUCCCUCCACAGCCCCAGCAGCAGCAGCAAUUUCAGAAUUACCCUCCACCUUCAUCCCAGGCUCCAGGCACUGGUCCUGCCCCAACUCCUGGCUUCCAGACCGGGCAGCAGCAGCAGCCUCAUCCACCUCAGGGAGCUCAACAGUAUCCACCAGGAGCCUUCCCUCCCCAAAACUAUACCUCCCAGGGCUCGCAGCCUGCCAACUACAGCAUGCCACCUAGCUCCCAACCUGGCUCAGGGUUUCAACCCCGCCCAGGGUUCACCCCGCCCCCAGGCACUGCUGUCACUCCUCCACCCGGCGCUGCUAAUCCCUACGCCCGCAAUCGCCCCCAUUACGGCACGGGCUACACUCAGCCAGGUCCUGGGUACCGGUAAAAGAGGGCAGCGGGUGGUAAUAAUCCCCCUCCCCACCCCCAUUAUGUGGCUCCAACUGUUUAAGGUGUGUGCAGAAAAAAAGGUCUACUGCUCUGCGCUCCACCCGUAUAAAGUAUAAAGUCCAAAUAUUUAAAAAAAACAGACGGUCCCUCCCUCCCAGUCUGAAGGUUAGUGUUUGUACACACCUCUCUGUUCUGGCCCUGAUGUAUUCUCCACAUCUUAUUUACCCCCCUUGUUCUCCUGCCAGCUCCGCUGGCUGUUCUGCCCUCUUGUAUCUGUCAUUGUAACAAAGUACCAGUCUGUUUGCACACACCUGGGAGACCAAAACAUGCUGUUGCACAAACUACUAUUGUCCUUUUCAUGAUAAGGUGUUGUUUUGCGAGUCGGAUCAGAAUUUGUGAUGCAAUUCUUAAACAGCUGUGAGUUUACCGUGUGUAGGACACUAUCAUGGCAAAAGUUAUCCCAGUUUUUUUUUUUUUUUUUUCCUUUAUUUGAUUAACUUCACCACCAUGUUGGUAUUAAUGUGUCUGCCCCAUGUUGGGAACACUAGCUAAAGGUUCAGGUUAUGAAGAAGGCUUCUGUUGUUUAGUUUCUCACUGUUUAUCACCUCCAGCACAGCUUGUUUUCCUUUCUCUCUUCUCACUGGUUUUUACUAAUAUAUCAAAUCAAAUUAUUCUCUCAAGUGAGAUUAGUUGUUUAUGUAAAAAUGUUAACUUUUCUUCUUCUGGAAUCUAAUAAAGAAUUGAGACCC